AUGAUUCCCAACCUCAAGCCGUCAACGCGCUGUGCCAAAACCGCAAAGAAGGCUAUGGGCAUCCUAGGAGCGCUCAAACGGUCCUUCCUCUAUUUUGAUGAGGAGCUAUUUGGGCGAGUCUUCGGAACAUUUGUUCGGCCGAUAUUAGAGUAUUGCAUCCAGGCGUGGUGCCCCUGGAUGAAUAAAGAUUACGCAAUGCUGAAGAAACCCCAAAGAAUGGCGACCAAGCUGGUCACGAACCAUCUGACAGCAUCUAUCUGUAAAUAG